AUGUCUGUUGCCAGUGUUAAUGCAGAAAAUGUUUCCAAUCUUUCGGAGAUAGAAAAACAAUGGUCUGUCAAGGCAAUGCAACAUGCAGAGGUCUAUUUCAAGCUAAUCAACAACACAAACCCCUCGACGCUUCGGCUAACGAGAAUCGAUGAUGAGCUAUAUUCGGAUUUUAGAAGCCAUUUCCCCGAUAUGGAUGUUGAUCUUCUGACGCCUGAAGUGAUAAAUGCCACUCCCGCAAUAAAAGAAAAAUGGAGGAAUUUCCUGAUGCCCUAUCAACAUCGAAUAGCCAACUUUAACUUUGGAACUCUUUUACGAUUAAGCGCAGCGCACGAUUAUACGGAAAAAAACACGACGCAGUUUUAUGCCAUUGAAGUGGCCCGCAACCGAGAAGGCAUCAAUGAACGAUAUUUCCACAAAAAUAAAAAUUGCUAA